UGAAACGCGCACAAUGGCCAAUUUUCUAUUCUUCUCGCGAAGCUUGUCUAUCGACUUGUUGCUUCUUGCGCCGCCGCCUCACAAAAGUCCACCACCCUGAAGAUGGCAGAGCUAAUACCCAAAGUCCAAAUAAUGAGCGGAGCUUCUGAGGACAUGUCAGCCGCGACAUACAAAAUUCAUGACGAAUCGCAUACCAUAGGAAAUGCUCUGCGAUGGAUGAUCAUGAAAAAUCCCAAGGUCGAAUUUUGUGGAUACAGCGUCCCUCACCCUUCCGAAAAUUUUAUACAUGUUCGCAUUCAAAUGUACGAUCACCUAUCCUCACUAACCGCUCUCUUAACGGCCCUGGAUGAUCUCGAUGCUCUAUGCUCCACCAUUGAUACUGCAUACCGAUCAAGUCUACAAAAUGACAUCUAUGAGCGAUGGGAGGAAAAAUCUUGAUGCUAGUGUAUAGAUACUAUGCAAGAUUUCGUGCUCCCCUGUGACACGAAGGCAGGCCUCUUGCUCGUAUGGCAAUAGUAGACAUUUUUCCAAAGGUCACGUCGAUUAUCGGAUUUC